ACAGCCACAGCCGCGCUAACAACGCUGUUCUGUCAGUCAGCCAUCCUAGCCUAGCAAGGGCUGGCCUGGCCAGCUAGUACGUUCAGGCAAUUCGAAUUCAGUCAGUUAGUUUAACGUUUACACUUGCAGGGCUAACAUGUAGUCCUGCGCCACCAACGCAUUAAACAGGAUCAACGAUUUUAUUUUUUGUAAUUCUUACUUUUUUGCUGAAGAGUUCUUUUAUGUGAUUUUAAGUUUUUGUUUUAGUGCUUGUGUAUAUUUUUUGUGGAGGAGUGUCCAAAAAAAUAUAAUUUUAAAUUAUUUUGUGAAGAGAAAAUUAUGUGUUAAGCGAUUUGGCUUUCCAGUACAUUUCAAAUACUCGUAUCUACUGGGAAGAUUUUAUGCAAAUUAAAUUUGGGCUACUGUUCUACAUAAUACUACCCUCACUUCGCCCAUGGCUGCCCAACAGAAUUCCACACUCAUUUACGAUAAUUUAGAUGAGUGCCCUUCGUUGCUCAAAGAACCUGAAGAGCUAAGCCGUUACAGUCCUAUAUUACCAUUGAAAAAUCAGAAUAAUGCAGUUCAACAAAGCACACAGCCAUGCGAUGGCAAGACUAACAACAACAACAACAACAAAAAUAAAAACCACAACUUCAAUCCUAAAAUUAAGGAGUUCCACAAAUAUCGCAAAUACGCUAGUAAUCGUUUACAUCGGAAUUACGCGCCGAGUACCUGUAGCGCUCAGAGCGGCCGAAGUCGUACGAUCUCAUUAAAUGGUGCCAAUAGUGCAGAGGAGCAAGGCCAAAAGGAGAUACCCAUAUGGCUUGACGAUGAACCACGUUACGUGUCCGGCGUAAAUAGCCGCACCACCUGCAAUGACAUUAUCAAAGCUUUGAUUGAUGACGAAAUUCGUAAUGGAGGCAAUCACGAUUAUUGUGCCAAUCGUGGCAAAUUUGACGCAGCAUCGCGUGACUACAGCGAUUACGUUAUAACAGAAAGUUGGCGCGGUAUCGAGCGCAGCUACGAUGGCAAUAUGGCGAUUUUGCCCGUUUGGAAGGCUUGGAGUCGAGUACACAAUGAGAUUCGUCUAAGCUUAAAACACUACAAAGAAGUCGCCGAACCCACGCCGCCAAAGCAAAACCGUAACUGGCUUCAAUCGCUACGAAAAUACUUUGCCAACUUAUUUAAAUUUACGAAGCGAAAUAAGGAACUUCCACUGCCCAUCAAAGAUAAGCAUCAAAAAACUCUCCUAACCAUUAAAGAGGAAGAGUCCCCCGACGAGAUAGUCUUCAUUUUAUUACCCGAUAAGAAGUACGCCAACGGCUCUGCACGCCCACCAACAAAAGAAGCCCUGUACUCCGCGUCCAACAGCAAUGAUUCCACCACAAAGGCGGAGAUGCUGAAACGCAAACUGUACAGCCUCUCCGAAACGCGUGUCUCUAUGCGCCGCAAAAAGCGCUUGAGCAAAACCGCAAUACGAAAUUGCGAAAAACUACGCGAAAGUCCGCUUGCCAACGCACCAGAGGUGGCAAAUAAUUGCAUACGUCGGCGCAAGGAUGCGCCCAUACGAAAUUCGAUACGUCACAAGUUAGCACAGAAGACAAACGAAAUCGAUACACUUUACAAGCGCGAACUGGAGCUAACUAAGCGACUGAAUCACAAAUGUCAGCUUUAUAAGCUAAGCAAUGAAUUGUAUUCGAAUGCGGAUCAGAGGCUUGAGCUCUCGAUUGGACAGAUACAAAGAAAUGUUGAGCAAUAUGCCGAACAGAUUAUACAAACCGAACAUGAAUUGCGCGAAUUGAAGAAUGAAAUCAGGCAGGAUAUAUCGUUAGUGAAUAACCUCAAGCGAAUGACUUUGGAUGCGGUGGAGAAUGUGAACGAUUGUGGUGUGUCGCUGGCAGCUGAAAUGGUUGGAGGACCAGCGCCGACUGUGGUAGGUAAGCCGCAAGAGAACGAGGGGAAUACGGAAAUGCAGUUUGUCGAUAAUAUCUAUGAAUUCUGUGACAAUAACGCUAGCAUGUUGGUCUAAGGGUGGUAAAGCGCUGAAAAGGGGGUAAAUAUUUUACUUUCUUUAAAUCGAUUGGAGGAUAUAAAGUAUACUUAAUUUUCGAAACUAUUCAUACACUUAAGUUUUUAAGUACACUCUUUAGUUGUUAAAGAAAUUUUAUUGGAAAACUAAAUAGGGGCGUUCGCUUAAACUGUAAAAACGCUCGACAUUUUCGAAAGUCUGUAAACUAAAUUGUAAACAUUUCCAUGAAAAGUUUUUAGUUUUCGGUUUUUCUUUAAGUUUAAGAGAAUCGCGUGAGUAUAAUUUGAACUAGUGGUAGUGAUUUUUCCUAUUCCACAUAUCACCAAGUUUCAUGAAUACACCUACUUCAUAUUUUUGGUAACACCAAUAGUGCCUAAA